GUGUCGUUCUUCCGCACGACGGACGGUCAGCUGAUUGAAGCGGCACGCGGAAACUGUAAAGUCGUUUGGAAAGCAGCAGUAGCCACGAGAUCUCCAACAGCAGCCGGCCUCCGUCCACAAACGCCACUGUUUACUGUUUCUAACGUGAGCGAGACUUUGGAUAUCGACUCCGAUUGCGUACCGAAAGCCACCGGGACAACCGAGAAGAAAGUUAUGGCACAUAACGAGUCGCUGGUCGCUUUGAAUGGGACUCAAAUUUCCUACAUCGGACAUGACUGCAUGAACAUCCCGGACUUCCUUGGAGACGCAUAUGGCCAGUUUGCAAGAAGGCUGGAUCUCAGCUUCAAUCUGCUCAGGUCACUGGCGGGUCUCAAAAUGUUCACUGUGCUGGAAGAGCUGGUCGUUGACAACAAUCUGCUUGGAAAUGACCUUCUGUUGCCCAGGUUACCCAACCUCCAUACCCUUACAGUCAAUAAGAACCAACUGACUGAUAUCGAGGCCCUGCUGGAACACUUGGCUGAUGUGACCCCGUCACUGGUGUACCUAAGCCUGCUGGGAAAUGAGGCCUGCCCCAACCAGCUGGUCAGCCCAGAUAAGGACGAGGACGACUACCAGAGAUACAGGUACUUUGUUCUGCACAAGUUGCCCCAGCUGAAGUUUCUGGACACCAGGAAAGUAACCCAAAAAGAAAUGAUGGAGGCGCAGGCGAGAGGAGCAUUCAUGAAAGUGGUCAAACCCAAGUCGGAAGCUCCACCUAAGGAGACUGGAUCUGAAAGUCACCUGCUGCCCUACACUCCUCUACCCCGAGGAUCCAGAGAUGCCAAGAACCACAAAGGGGUAUUCGCCAAGUGUCGCUACAUCUACUAUGGCAAGCACUCAGAAGGCAACCGAUUCAUCCGAAACGACCAACUCUGAUGGACAGCGGGACAUGAAUGACAAAGGAUGUUAACAGAAAUCAAUCUUGUAUUUAUUAGAACGACUGGUGAUAACCGAGCCACCUGAUCUCC